AUGGGUGAAAAUACAGAAAAGAAUCAAAUACGCGUUUGGUGUGAUGGGUGCUAUGAUAUGGUCCACUUUGGACAUGCGAAUUCACUCCGGCAAGCAAAGGCACUUGGUGGUGUAUUAAUUGUUGGAGUUCACACAGAUGAAGAAAUAUCUAAACACAAAGGGCCACCAGUGUUUACGCAAGAGGAGCGUUAUAAAAUGGUUCGUGCAAUAAAAUGGGUUGAUCAAGUGGUGGAGGGUGCUCCGUAUGUCACAACUCUGGAGACAUUAGACAAAUACCAAUGUGAUUUCUGUGUGCAUGGAGACGAUAUCACUGUUACAGCUGAAGGUAUAGACACAUAUCACUUAGUAAAGAGUGCUGGUAAAUACAGAGAAGUAUCAAGAACAGCUGGUGUUUCCACUACAGAUCUUGUUGGGCGGAUGUUGCUACUUACCAGAGAACAUUUCAAGAGAGGUGACAAAGAAUACACGGUUGCGCUAGACCAUUCAUCAAAUCUCGGCACAGACUCCACAGCGCGAUCGCCGUAUACAGGGUGCUCGCAAUUUUUACCCACCACGCAGAAAAUCAUACAGUUCAGCAGUGGCCUGUCGCCGAAACCUACAGAUAGGGUAGUCUACGUAGCGGGUGCAUUCGAUCUAUUCCACGUCGGGCACCUCGACUUUUUAGAGGCUGCGCAUGCGCAGGGCGAUUUUUUGAUCGUCGGCCUUCACACUGAUCUAGAAGUGAACAGAUAUAAGGGGUCUAAUUACCCUAUCAUGAAUCUCCAUGAGCGAGUGUUGUCUGUACUCGCCUGUAAGUAUGUUCACGAGGUGGUGAUAGGUGCACCCUACAGUGUGACUGCGGAUCUCAUGGAUCACUUUAAUGUGGACGUUGUGUGCCAUGGUGCGACGCCCAUCGCGUUGGAUGCGGACUCUUCCGACCCCUACACAGUACCAAAGGAACGUAGCUGCUUUAAGAUCCUAAAUUCUGGCAAUACCAUGACAACAGAAGACAUAGUACAAAGAAUAAUAUGCCACCGACUGGAAUUCGAAGAGAGAAAUUCAAAAAAGGAAAAGAAAGAAAACAUCGCAAUAAAAGCAGCAGCUAAAAAACAUUCUACGCAGAACGGAGAUUGCAAGACGACGAAAUCAGAAAUCGCGUAA